GGUUCUAGCUUCAAUGACCUAGCUUCCCUGGCAACUAAGAUGAAGGCAAACAUGGAGAAGUGGUUUGGCUGCUUUCUUGAUCACACUGAUUCUAAGUUUUCACCCCUCAUUGCUGCUGCUUGCUACCUCGACCCAACAGUUGCACCUGAAGCACUCCUUGAAAAUGAUGACGAGCAAAGUGAGGCACUUCUGGGAAAAGCAGAAGAGUACAUAGCUCAGUUGGUGCCACCUGUUUUACAGGAAGAUGAGGCAGAAGAUGAGAAGCCAGGGGAAGAGGGAGAGGAGGAAUCCAAAGAGGGACCACAGAGAAAGCGGCCCAGAUUCAAGUUUUUGUCUAGUCGGCCAUCCAGAUCUGGCUUCUCAAAGCCGUGCAUCAUGCAGGAAAUGAAGAAAUUCAAGGAGCAGCUGUCACAGCCUACAAACCAAGAGACUGCCCUUGAUUUUUGGGCUGCAC